CAUGACGGUAGCAUUGUUUUGUUGUUUCUCCUUCGUGUUUACAGACGAGACUUAAAAUGAGAGAGAGAGAGAGAGUGAGAGUUAAUGACAGAGUUCAGUCAUAGUAAAAAGUGUAAGAAAAUAAUUUUUUUGGAUUGUUUGCAAACGUUUUGUCCAGUCCAGUUUCAUUUAAUAUAAGGAUUAGAGCCCCAUUAUACUGCAUUUCGUUUUGUAAGACGUUCUAUUUGAAAGAUCAAGUGUUUCCUUUUUGUUUAUAGCGAUUCUUAAUACAGAAGAUGGCAUCUUCUGUGAAAAAUCCUGUGGAUAUAACACGACUUCCUGUAAAUAAGGAGGAACACAAGUUUGAAGAUUGGAUCAUUAAGUACCAGAAGAGUCACAUUCUAAGCUCCAAGUGUACCAAUAAUGGCGCAUGUUCACAAGAAACCACUGAUGAAUGUCAGUUUUGCAGGUAUAGCCGAGAGCUGAGUCUGCCUCACAUGCCAGAUAUGGUGUUCCCCAAGAACGAGUUGUGUGUUCAGCAUGUGUCAGGGGUCACUGUGUCAUUUAAUGCUCUGGAUGCGCUCAAGCAAGUCAACAAUGGCAAGCUCGACAUUAAGAUCGCCUGUGCAGAUGCUUGGAAAGAGUCUCGGCAAGAGACCGGACUGGCAGACAAGGAGAUUCAAUCGUUCGACUGGACAUUCAGCACGGAUUACUGUGGCAGUCUCUCUGGCAACUGGACAGUGGAAUCCACAGAGCUCAGGAUAGACAUGGAAAGGCUCAAGCAGAAAGAGAAAAUCCUCUUCUACCAUGAGGUGAACCUGUUCGAGGACGAACUCCAUGACAAUGGCAUUGCUUCGCUGAAUGUUAAAAUUCGGGUGAUGCCAUCAGGGUUCUUCCUGCUGCUAAGGUUCUUCCUGCGUGUGGACGGUGUGAUGCUGCGGGUCAAUGAUACUCGCUACUACCACGACUUCACCACACAGCACGUACUGCGGGAGUUCACCUCACGUGAAGGUCAGAUGGCCCAGCUACAGAUCCCUUUGCCAAUUACAACUGACCCAAACGAAGUCGCUCCUCUGUUACCAAUCAAGACGGCUAGAUUCGAGAAACUCACAUAUCCCACAACUCAAGAAGUGUUGAAUGUCACAUAGCAUUAAAUAUAUUUCCUUCCAUUUCUCUUGUUAUAUUUAUAAUGUCAAUACAUUCGUUAAUAAAAUAUUUGUACGUA